UCCAUGCGCCUGGAUAGGAUGACUCGGGCUGCUCCCAUUCAGGGCUGCUGGCCGGGCUGCCAGGGUCUCGGCCAGCUCUGCACAUCGCCUCCCUGCCUGCUCCUCCGCCCACCCUCCCCCCGGAGUUCCCUUUUCCUCGCCCCUCUUCUGGUGGGGCUGCAGGCCGGCACUGAGCAUGCACAGCUUAUCCGGGGCGCGUUCCCGGACGCUCCCCCGCCCCGGGCUCUGGGAGGGCAGGGCGGCAGGGCAGCGCUCUCCUUGACGUGGAUGGCUCGGUGAAGCCCACCCUGGUCUGGGCAAGAAUCCCGACUAUGCAGAAAUUCAUCGAAGCGGAUUAUUAUGAGCUAGACUGGUACUAUGAAGAAUGCUCGGACGUUUUAUGUGCUGAAAGAGUUGGCCAGAUGACUAAGACAUAUAAUGACAUUGAUGCUGUCACUCGGCUUCUUGAGGAGAAAGAGCGGGAUUUAGAAUUGGCUGCUCGGAUUGGCCAGUCGUUGUUGAAGAAGAACAAGACCCUCACCGAGAGGAACGAGCUGCUGGAGGAGCAGGUGGAGCACAUCCGGGAGGAGGUGUCUCAGCUCCGGCAUGAGCUGUCCAUGAAGGAUGAGCUACUCCAGUUCUACACCAGCGCCGCGGAGGAGAGCGAGCCCGAGUCCGUGUGCUCAACCCCGUUGAAGAGGAAUGAGUCAUCGUCCUCAGUCCAGAAUUACUUCCAUCUGGAUUCGCUUCAGAAGAAGCUGAAGGACCUGGAAGAGGAGAACGUUGUACUUCGAUCCGAGGCCUGCCAGCUGAAGACGGAGACCAUCACCUACGAAGAGAAGGAGCAGCAACUGGUCAACGACUGCGUGAAGGAGCUGAGGGACGCCAACGUGCAGAUCGCCAGCAUCUCGGAGGAAUUGGCCAAGAAGACGGAAGACGCUGCCCGCCAGCAGGAGGAGAUCACGCACCUGCUGUCUCAGAUCGUGGACCUGCAGAAGAAGGCCAAAGCGUGCGCGGUGGAAAAUGAAGAGCUGGUGCAGCACCUGGGGGCCGCCAAGGAUGCCCAGCGGCAGCUCACGGCCGAGCUGCGGGAACUGGAGGACAAGUACGCCGAGUGCAUGGAGAUGCUCCACGAGGCGCAGGAGGAGCUCAAGAACCUCCGGAACAAGACGGUGCCCAACACCACGUCCCGGCGCUACCACUCGCUGGGCCUGUUCCCCAUGGACUCCCUGGCAGCCGAGAUCGAGGGGACGAUGCGGAAGGAGCUACAGUUGGAAGAGCCCGAGUCACCAGACAUCGCUCACCAGAAGCGAGUCUUCGAGACCGUUCGGAACAUCAACCAGGUGGUCAAGCAGAGGUCCCUGACGCCCUCCCCCAUGAACAUCCCCGGCUCCAACCAGUCCUCGGCCAUGAACUCCCUCCUGUCCAGCUGCGUCAGCACCCCCCGGUCCAGCUUCUACGGCAGCGACGUCGGCAACGUCGUCCUGGACAACAAGACCAACAGCAUCAUCCUGGAGGCAGAGGCGGCCAACCUGGGAAACAACGAGCAGAGUAAGAAGCCGGGGACACCGGGCACCCCGGGCUCCCACGACCUGGAGACGGCGCUGAGGCGGCUGUCCCUCCGCCGGGAAAACUACCUGUUGGAGAGGAGGUUCUUCGAGGAGGAGCAGGAGCGGAAGCUCAGGGAGCUGGCGGAGAAGGGCGAGCUGCUCGGCGGCUCCCUCACGCCCACCGAGAGCAUCAUGUCCCUGGGCACGCACUCCCGCUUCUCCGAGUUCACCGGCUUCUCGGGCAUGUCCUUCAGCAGCCGCUCCUACCUGCCCGAGAAACUCCAGAUCGUCAAGCCGCUGGAAGGUUCUGCCACCCUUCACCACUGGCAGCAGUUGGCCCAGCCUCACCUCGGGGGCAUCCUGGACCCCCGGCCCGGUGUGGUCACCAAGGGCUUCCGGACGCUGGACGUAGACGUGGACGAAGUGUACUGCCUUAACGACUUUGAAGAAGAUGACACAGGUGACCACAUUUCCCCCCGGGGCCUAGCUACCUCCACGCCAGUGCAGCACCCAGAGACCUCAGGUGAGAGGUCCCGAGCGCACGUGACUGUCGCAGGCGGCAGAAGCUCCCCGAGCCGGCCUCAGGCUUUCCCAGAAGAGAUGCAGGAGCCAGCGGCCGCAGAGGAGCAGGAGGAGGAGGAGGAGGGGUCUGCACACCACCCUGGGAAGUGCAUGUCGCAGACCAACUCCACCUUCACCUUCACCACCUGUCGCAUCCUGCAUCCUUCAGACGAGCUCACGCGAGUCACGCCAAGCCUUAACUCAGCCCCGACUCCAGCUUCUGGCAGCGCCAGCCACUUAAAGUCCACGCCGGUGGCCACGCCCUGCACACCCCGGAGACUGAGCCUGGCCGAGUCCUUCACCAACGCCCGUGAGUCCACGACCACCAUGAGCACGUCGCUGGGGCUGGUGUGGCUGCUGAAGGAGCGGGGCAUCUCGGCGGCCGUGUACGACCCCCAGAGCUGGGACCGGGCCGGGCGGGGCUCCCUCCUGCACGCCUACACCCCCAGGAUGGCCGUGAUCCCCUCCACCCCGCCCAACUCGCCCAUGCAGACGCCCACGUCUUCCCCACCCUCUUUUGACUUCAAGUGCACGAGCCCGCCCUACGACAACUUCCUGGCUUCCAAGCCUGCCAGCUCCAUCCUGAGGGAGGUGAGGGAGAAGAAGCCCGUCCGGAGCAGUGAGAGUCAGACGGACGUGUCUGUCUCCAACCUCAACCUCGUGGACAAAGUCAGGAGGUUUGGCGUGGCCAAGGUGGUGAACUCAGGGCGAGCCCACGUCCCCAUCUUGACUGAGGAUCAGGGGCCUCUCCUCUGUGGGCCUCCGGGCCCCGCACAGGCCCUUGUCCCUGGAGGCCUGGGACCCGAGGGCCUGCCUCUCGGAUGCUCCACCGUCACGAGUGCCAUCGGCGGGCUGCAGCUCAACGGUGGCAUCCGGCGGAACCGCAGCUUCCCCACCAUGGUGGGGUCCAGCAUGCAGAUGAAGGCCCCCGGGACUCUCACCUCGGGCAUCUUGAUGGGUGCUAAGCUCCCCAAACAAACUAGCUUGCGGUGAGGGUGGCAGCGGGGCCCUUCCUCGGAGGAGACCAAUCUUGUCCUUCCUCCCUCGCUUCCCCCACCUGCACUGCGCUCUCUCCCUCUUCCCUCCUUGCCCAUCCCCUCCUGAGCUUGACAAAUCAACCUCGUGCCUAAUGGGGGAAGAGUGGAGACUUUGUAAAAUGUGUACAUAGGACUUGGAGACCAGUAUCCGACCUGCCCUUCCUUCAGAUCCCGCGGGCAGUGCCCCUGCACUGUCAUUGCUCUCAUGAGGACUUCACCUGUGCUGGCCUGGGGGCUGGGCAGGCCCGUGUCUUUUCCUCCUUCUGUCCUUUGAGAAGCACUGAAACUCCCCAGGGCAUUCUUAUCCCAUGGAUAGGAAACUGGGGAACUUGGGGCUGGCUGCCAGUGUGCCCGUCAU